UCACAGGCGAUGAAUGUAUAUGAGCAAAGAUUUACAUAUGAUUUUCGACGAGAAUAAUUGUAUAUUAUCAUCAAGUAAUAAAAUAUAACAUUUUCCCCCAUUUGUUUAUAUUCAUCAAUUAAUUAUUGAGCAAUGAAUUGAUUAUUUGACUGCAUGUAUCACCAAAUUGUAAUUCCACGGUGCAAUUAAAUUAGCUUAUCGCUCGUGUGCUUAUCUUCUUUCAUACAGUAAAUGACACAACGUAUAUUAGAAAGGGUUAGGAAAAUGUUGCCCCAAGUCAUUUUCGUUCUGGGAGGACCUGGAUCAGGAAAGGGUACUCAAUGCCAAAGAAUUGCCAAUGAAUUCGGUUUUGAACAUCUUUCGGCCGGCGAGCUUUUACGUCAAGCUAGAUCUGAUGAACAUACGCCUCACAGGGCCAUUAUUGAUGAUUGUAUUGUUACUGGAAAAAUUGUACCGGUUGCAGUAACAUGCAGUUUACUAGAAGAAGCUAUGAUUAAAUCGGGAAAGUCAAAGUUUCUCAUAGAUGGAUUUCCACGAAAUUAUGAUAACUUAGAAGGGUGGAAUGCCACAAUGGCUGAUAAAGUAAAAUUAUUGUUUGUUUUGUUUUUCGAGUGUUCUGAAGAAACUUGUACCCAAAGAUGUUUAGCGAGAGGAAGUGCUGGCUCUGGCCGAACCGAUGACAACCUUGAAAGUUUGAAAAAAAGAUUUGAAACUCAUAUGAAUCAAACAAUGCCCAUUAUUAAUCAUUAUGAAAAAAUGAACUUAGUGCAUAGAAUUGAUGCUAUGAAUUCUGUAGAUGAAGUGUUUAAUAGAGUCAAAACUGUUAUACAAAAAAGUUUAGCAGAAAGUGGAGAUUCUUAGAGAUUCAAUUAUUUUAAUUUAUUGAAUUAUAAGGCAUAUGUGUUUAUAUUUAAAUUAAUUUUAUAUCAAAUGCCAUGUAAACAGCAGAUUUUACCAAAUCCUACUUCACAUGUACUUUAAUGUAUUGCUAGAAAAAAUUUGAUAUUUUUAAAAAUAGGCAUGCCAAUGUGGUUGCCUUCCCAUUAGUACAAAUUUGGGUUUUAUAUACUUAUUGAUACAA